CACAGACACAAACAAGGAGGGGGUGGGGGAAGAAGGAAGGAGCUUAAGACACUCCGGGAGAGUAGCGCGCACCCUCCCAUUUUGGGCUCGCGCCGCUGCCGUUAAGGCGGGAACCGGCGUUAUCUCUAUCCCAGCGCCAGCCACACCAACCACCGUGCGCGUGGAUCUGCAGGCUCGCGCUGGCGGCCUGAGAGAGCUCGCGCCGAGCCCGGACACUGCGCCUGCGCCGCGGCGGAGACUCGUCUCUACCGGGUCCGCUCCCCUCCGACACCUCGGCAACGCUGACUUCUCACCCCUUUGAGCCGCUUGACCAGUGCACUCUUCUGCCCGCUCUUGGCUAGGCCUCGCUGCUCCAGUGCGGCCUUCAGGUCGGUCACCCGCAGAGCCUGAAGAGGCUUCCCGUCCAGAGUCACCUCCUCCAGCUCCGCCAUCUUGCGUGAGGUACUCGGGUCCGUCCCGACGGCUUCGGGCAUCUUCGGUAAUUUCCGCCAACGCCCUUCGAACGGACCGGAUUGGCCCCGCCCACUGCCAUAGUCUACCCCUCUAUUACCGCUCAGAAUUCCCCGGGUUUCUCCGGAGCUGUUCGGUCGUUUCCGUCCCCACAUCGGUACCAAUCGGCUUUUUCCAUCUACCUAGCGGCUGGCCCCUCCCAUCUGUCUUGCAGGCUCGUUUGUUUUCGGCUUGCCGGGGCUUUGAAUCGAAUCUCUUCGGAAGCCCUCGAAUCUGGCAUACCCAUAAUCGGAGAUAUUCGGCUAUCUCCGGACCUGGGGGCCGGGGCGCUGGGGCACUUGGGUAUUUGGGGCUGGUUCCGGACCGGAAGUGCGUGGGUUACUGGGGGCUGGCUCGGCUUCGGGUUUUCAGGAAACAUGGAAGAGGCUCGGAGAGUUGGAGCAGGAGCUGAAGGACUCUUGUGAUCUCUGGGCGUCUUCCAAGGGGAAAAGGGAGGAUGUCACUGGAAUCGUCUUCCACAUCAGGGCCACCUUGCUUCCCUUCUGUGUUACCUUCAGUGCCUGAUGACAUUGCCAGCUCUUCCCCUCCUCCAAUGUCUUACAUCACUUCCCAGGAGAUGAAGUGUAUUCUUCACUGGUUUGCCAGUUGGUCAGGUCCCCAGAGGGAACGUUUUCUACAGGACCUGGUAGCUAAGGCAGUGCCGGGAAAGCUACAGCCACUGCUGGAUGCUCUGGAGCAGCUCAGUAUGUCUGCAGCAAAUCGACCACCGUGUAUCUUUGAGUGUCAGCUACGUCUUUGGGAUCAGUGGUUUCGAGGUUGGGCUGAGCAGGAGCGCAAUGAAUUUGUCAGGCAGCUGGAGGUCAGUGAGCCAGAUUUCGUGGCGAAGUUUUACCAAGCAGUGGCUGCUACUGCUGGUAAGGACUGACAGGCAUUCAAAUCAAGAAGAGAAUGACGUGUGACCACACCAUGACUAUAGUGAUGAUUCAGUGCAAGUGUGUCACUUAAAGAUUCACCUGAACUGUCAAGGUAGUGGUCGCCUUUUAUUCCAGCACUCGGGAGGCAGCCUGGUCUACAUAGCAAGUUCCAGGCCAGCCAGCACUACAAAGCGAGACCCUGCCUUAAAAAAAAAAAUUUUUUUUUUUUUUGCAUGAACUUCCUGUUGAAAGCUAGCACUGUUUUUACCCUAGUGGUAUGUCACCUGGACUCGCUCCCAUUGUAGCAAAUCUGAUUAUUUACAGGAGAUGUCUAAGUCUCAAGAAUUUAAUGACUGCUUUUGUUACUAUAACUAAAGGGACCAGUAUCUUGUAACUCAAGCCAACAGCGGGCCCAGAUGGGGCUGUUUUGCCACAUUUACUCAACUCUAGCAUAAUUAUGUUAUUUCCCCACUGCUGGAUUUCCCAGCGAUGAUUUAAUAAAAUUAAGGAAAAUUGAGAGGAAGAAAUAA